GCCCCCAAGACACAGCGAUAUCGCAGCUUCUAUAGAAUCAGCAGAGCCAUAUCCCCACAUACUCAUCCAAAAGAGGGACAGAGCGGGUUGUACUACUGAGACUAAUAAGCCUGUACAGGUUUUACAGGUAGCCGGUAUGGAAACAGCCUUACACCACAGUGAGAGGGAGAAAACUUUCAAGAAAUCAUUGGAUCCAAAGAGAAGAGGCAAACAAGGCACCAGAUCGAAUUCUGUCUCUUCACGCCAGCAUACAGUUGUGCCAGGGAACGUGACAACCUUUGAAGUCAAUUUAUCAGACUUCCCCGAGCUGGGGAAUGGAAUCCCUAGUGGUCCCUAUGAACCUCAGGCACGCAAUAGUCCGUCUGUUCCACAGGCUACUCCUUCAGUCAACCAUUCAAAAAGAAAAGUCUCUAACAGCAAAGCAGCCUAUGAAGUCACUGUUAAGCAUCUGGACUGUGAAGGAUGGCAACCAGUGCAGCAGGAAAAAGGAAUGCUUGAAGAUGCCAGUCACCAACAGACUUCCUGGGCCAAUGUUGCAUCCCUGCCACCAAAGAAGACCUCUCUCAAUAGUCCCGCCAUGCCAAGUGCAUCAACUGAGAGCAUGGAUAAUACUUCACAACAAACAAAGGCCAUUUUGAAGAGGAAGAAGAAAAGGCAGAAGAAAAAGAUAACUCCGUUGACCUCUGAGGAUGCUGACAUGGAGAAAGUUGAUGUUUUCAUAAUAAAAGAGCCUCCCAAAUUUGAAGAUGAAGAGGAGUUCCCUGAACUGGUUCUAUCACCUAUAUAUCUUCGAAAAGUUCAAAGGGACCUUAAAACAAAACCAGAUGAGGCAGAAUAUAAUGGAUUAUCACAAAAAGAUGUCACUGCACAGCAGUCCGAAGUAAAGGUGGAUACAAGACAGCCUGGCCUGGUCCAACAGAAGGGACAAGGGCAGAAAGCAGAGAAGACCAGUGGGAGGAAGAGUAAGGUUCCUGUUCAGUUGGAUCUGGGGAACAUGCUGGCUGCCCUGGAGCUGAGGCAGCAGUCCCAGAAAGGCAAACCGGAGCAAAAGCCAGUUACAUUAUCAGUUGGAGGUGCACUACCUGUGGCACACAGAGAAGCACCUCAUCCGAAAAAGCCACUAUGGGCACAGGACAAGAUCGCCCACAACCCCCUGGACUCCACCUGUCCUCUAGUGAAGAAGGGCAAACAGCGAGAGGUUCCCAAGGCUAAGAAACCAACUCCUUUAAAAAAGGUAAGAUAAACAUUUUUAAAUUAUGCUCACAUUCAAUUUGAAUAAUUACGUUAAUAAUGUAUCAUUCAUUUCCCUGAUCAGUAAGGAAGGAACAGGUGUGUUGGCUGCAACUGUCUGUGAUAGUUCAAUACAUGGUGAUGGUUUCUGAUUUGACAGAAUAGCUCGAUUACCUGUGUUCAUCAGCGUAAAUGUAUGUUUAGGGGUUCAAGAGGCAAUGCUGCUGGUCUGUUUGGAUUUUUUUUUUUACUAUUUUUCUUCUCUGAAACAUAAUGUUUGGAAAAAAACAUAAGUCACUCACACACAAAAAUCUUGACCAUAGAUUCCAAAUUGGUGCAGUGCAAUUCAUAUAUUCUUAAGUCAUUAACAGUGUUUGGAAAUUAUCUCCAUC